UGUGGAUUUAGUGUGUUGGAUUAAAUUGAGAAAAAGGUUCCAGUAUCUCCAGCAAAACUGAAUUUGGAGCUACCACUCAGUACCGAAAAUAUGAGGCUAGUCAUGGCAUACUGCUGGUGCCGGUGUAACCCUCAAUGAAUUAUGCUCGGUUGUAUAUUUGUGCGUCAAAUUAACUAUUAGCAAUGUGCGGUUUUGAUUCCACCGAGUGAUGACAACAUUGGUCAAAACAACAGUAUCAUGUAUUUGUGCAGAUGACGACUGGAUCUAUUUAUGUGCUUUGUACGAUGUUAAUUCACUACCGGAUGGUGCUUUGAACACACAUACGUUUUUUGGAAUGAAUUUAAAGGGACAACAAUAACAAGGCAUUCAGCAAGUUGGUUCGUGGAGGAAGGUCGUGUAUUGAUUUUGAGUGAGUGCGUGGCGUCGGGCGGGGCGAAGACCUGCUGCUGCCGCCAGCCGCCAGCCACACAGCUGAUCACUGCUGUGGGAGAGACACUCGUAAUGUGGCCACGGGGUGAUGCGUCCUCUGCUGGCUGAGGAGACUAGUUCAGCAGGCACUACGGUACCAGCAGGCGUACGAUACUGUCAACAGCAGCAUCCUGAGGUGGGGCAGCACGCACCACCACGUUCUUGCCAGCAGUGAGUGUAGUGUGAUCCUACGCUGCCUCUUCACCAAUACAGAUUCGGUCAUCUAGCAUAUAAGAAAUUAGUGACUGGCCGCAACGGAGUAACAAUCGCCGGUGAUCGUAAGCUACAAAUAUGUGAUCGAUGCGUUAGUGAGCUCUAAUACGAGCAUGAAAGAGAACAGUGCUGAAAACAAAAGACGGUUAAACAUGUGAUCAAUAAGUUGACAAACGACGGUGGGUGGAAGAAAACUACAUAGUGUUUGCUAUAGUAGAUAGAACCUGACAGUAAGUACCGUGAUCCAGAAAUGUGACCAGUGAGUGAGUGGGUGAUCCUAAAUGUAUGACUGAAAAGACGGUGUUUAUUGUCAGAGGAGAAAGAAAACGAAGUUGGUGUGAGUGAAUGAGGUGGUUCCAAUAUGUGAUCAGUGAAAUGAGUGGCGUGUGCUCAGUAUGCCCAGUGACUUUUCCCGCUGUGUGUCGCAAGAAUCAGGGGUAUUAGUCCAGCAGCAGCAGCAGCAGCAGAAGGCUUACAGUAACACCUCCACCACCAUCUCCUUAGAGUGUGACGUCAAGGCUUUCUGCUCUACUCCACCUGCGACAUCACCAGAAAAGAAAACCUGUGUCACUGAGCUUCCUUCCUCACCCGGUCAUGCGUCACCAGCAGCCUCAGACGAUCUAAAUGCUCACCAAGAACCUGAGUGUUGCCGGUCUGACUCAGUGCUUGGUCAUUCUCAGGAACUGACUGCAGAGAAAGGCAGUGGACUAGACUCUGCACGCGCAGCGACACCCUUCGUGAACACUGUGCCACUCAUUCCACACAGCAAAAGGGUACUGAUUAUCUCGGCCCCCGCCUCAAACACAGCGGGGAAUGCUAACGGUGAGAUUUUGUUGAUUGGUCGUGAUCUUGUAAUAUCAAAGAGCGGAGGCUCCCAUGUAGUAAGUAAAUAUUCGGGCCAGAACACAGAAAAUAAUACAUCUGCCCUCCCUUUCCUCUUCAGCAGUAACAGCCUAACCAUACAGAAAAUAGAAUACAAGUGUAAAGUGUUGCAGGAACAUUGUAAGGAGUGUGAGUGUGAUACUCCCCGCCUGCACGUGUACCUCAUCCGUGGCCACAAGUGCAGCGGGGCAUGCAACCUCUCUGAACCCUUCCAGUGUAGCUUCUCCGAACACCUCCGUCCAUCCACCAAAUCCUCUGAUCUGUCUCUUCUCACGCCCAAGGUUACAGAGAUGACAGGGAAAAUGAAAGCAAAGUGUCGGACGAAGAAAACUAAUUCUUUCAAGUUUUCCAACAACAUGAUAAAAGUUGAGCCGUCAAGUGAUGACGCACUUAUGUCGGACAGUCUACCGCAGGCCAAGAAGAAACUAUCUAUGGCGGACAGAGAGAAGCAGGAGCCAGAAUCAGAGCUGCUCGGGGAGGCAGAGUGUGUGUGGCUGCCCACCAUCAUGAGCACGCUGUCAGGAGACGUGGAGUAUGUGGUGUUGGAUGACGAUGCGCUCAACCUGGGAACAGCAGAAAGGCCAGCAUCUCCUCAGUCCCUCAAAUCUAAGAUCAAUAAUAUUUUUGAGGAUAUUGACGAGAAACCUGUCAUUCAGAAUAUCAAUGUCACUCCACCUACCACCAAACCGACCAGAACUAGACUCCCUUUACUUCGAAGACUGUCCGAAAUAAACCUUAAAGCUGCCUCCACACAUGCGGCUACCCGGGACACUGUGCCCCCAACAGGGGAAGCAACGCCCACUCAAAAAGCAUCUGAGGAAAGCAGUGUAGAUGAUCCCGCCUCGUCAAGCUUGGCUGAAGUGUGCACCAACCAUUGCCCAUCCAUCAAAGACAUAUUUGGCGACAUUAGUGUAAAGGAGGAACCUUUGGACGAUGUAAAACAGGAUAUGUCUGUCGAUGAUUUUAGUAAAGAGAUUAUGAAAGGCUCAAGUAAAGAGUCCAACGUGGCAACAGUUAACUUUGUGCAGAAGAAAGAGGCGGGUGACGACGAGGCAGCAGAAGAAGAAAAGGGCUCUGGGAAAGGUCUGUUUGCCAAACUAAUCAAGGAGGAAAGUAAUACCAACGGGGAAGAAGGGAAUACUGACGGCCACAACUCGGAUGACUCACUUGGCCCACUCCAGAUAGACGAGAAGUACUCGCCCUCCUCAGAGGACGCAGGCCUGGCCUUGGCCAAGGAGGUAGUGGAGCUCAACAUGCCGAGCGUCAACAUCAUCAGUCCAUUCAAGAUCAAGAUCCUGCUGGGAAGCCCAAACCGGGAGACACAGCAGGUGCAGGUGGACCCAACGCCCCAGGCCGGCACUGCCCUCGUCGGGAAGGUGGUUGAGGUGAACAAUGUGAUGCUCACGCCCAAGAACCUCCAGCCGAGUUCAGACCACACUGCAGGAGGAGAUGAAGCAGAAUCAACUGGCAAAACACUAGAUGGCAUAAAGAGCCUGACCUGUAUUUACUGUCAUACCAGUUGCCCCAAUGCCCAAGCCCUGGCGCGACAUUUUGAAAACCACCAGAAAGAUGGUCUGAUUAUUUGUUACUUCUGCCAGAAGAGUUUUGGCGAUAAGACAGGCAUGAAGAGACACAUGCGAACUCACACUGGUGAGAAGCCUUACCAGUGUAAGAUCUGUGGCAAGCGGUUCAGUCUGCCAGGUAACUUUAAGAAGCACCGAGACAUUCACGAGGACAAGCGCACAGAGCCUUGUGGUGUGUGCGGCAAAACGUUCAGGCGGAAAGAACAUCUCAAGUAUCACAUGCGGACCCACACAGGUGAGAAGCCUUUCAGCUGCAGCGAGUGCGGCACUUGCUUCACGGCCAGGUAUUCCCUCCAGAUACACAUGAAUAUACACCUGGGCAAGAAACCGUACAAGUGCACAUACUGCAACAAGGCAUUCUCGGAUAAGUCUACCAUGAGGAAACACGUGCGCGUUCACACGGGCGAGCGGCCCUUCCGGUGCCAGGAGUGCUGGCGCUGCUUCGGGGAGUCUGGCACCCUGGCAGCACACAUGGCCACACAUCGCAAUGAGCGACCCUAUGCCUGUGACAAGUGUGACCUGCGAUUCAAGACCACUGGUGGCCUGAGACAGCAUGAGAAGGUUCACACUGGGGAGAAACAAUACGCGUGCAAGUUUUGUGGCAUGAAGUUCUUGCAGAAGUACAACAUGGCCAUGCACGAAAGGAUACACACGGGGGAGAAGCCGUACACAUGCUCCCAUUGCCAGCGUAGUUUCCGUAGCCGCUCGUGCCUGUCCAAACACGUGGUGCUGCACGGUGGCGAGGACGAGCGGCGCUUUGGCUGCGAUCACUGCAAUAGCAGAUUUUACCGCAAAGCUCACCUCAGACGGCACAUUGAUAUGCACCUAGGAAUAAAGAACUACGAGUGUGAACACUGUAAAAAGAAAUUUUGUACAAGAGGAACACUAAGAAGUCACUGCAAGACCUUCCACUCUAACGGAGCAAGACGCUUCCCGUGCAGCAAUUGUGGCAGAGUGUUCAAGAGGAAGGUGUACGUCAACACCCACCUGUGUGCCAACACUGCCUACAAGGCCGUCAACAGGGACGGAGAGAAGAUAUCGGAGACAUCCUCACAAGGCAUGUUUCAUGAGUCCACUGAUUCAGAAGACCUUGCGUUUGAGGUAAAGAGUGAACCAGAGGAUGACGGAGGAAAUGAGGAAGUGGAAAGCAGCGAAGUGAUAGACAUUGCUGCUGCCCUGAGUCAAGACGUGAAGAUGGAGUGGGAUACUGAAGUUAACAUAUGAAAGAGUAACAGUGUCUGGUGUUAAGUUUGCCUGCUGCUGCUGCUGCUGCUGCUACUGUCGGUCAGCCUCCUAUCUGCUGAGGUCAGGCUAGGUUAAUAGUACGUGUGGUGGUCAUAUUAUUAGCUUGUCUGUAGAAUAUAGAAGAAAGCAAGGUUAAUCAUAAUCAGUACAGGCCGGGAGCAAGUCACCACCAUGAUUUGUGACUAUUUUUGAAACACACACACACACACACACACACACACACACACACACACACACACACACACACACACACACACACACACACACACACACCAUAAAACUCUCUCUCUCUCUCUCUCUCUCUCUCUCUCUCUCUCUCUCUCUCUCUCUCUCUCUCUCUCUCUCUCUCUCUCUUGACCGAUCCAGGUAGAGGACCACGCAUACAAUUAAUAUUUUCACGCUCACCGACGCUUGAUUAAGUUUCGCCACCUUUGACAAGAGUCGCAGGAGUGUAGAGUGGUGGCGGCAGAGGGACAGAGUGACAAACAAGUGAGUAGAGAGUGAACGGAUACAUUGAUGUUAAAAGUGUCAAUACUAAGUGAACGUGUUCGUGUGUGUGGUAUAUUGCGUACCGUUGUGUAGCUAAUCUCUUUGUUUCCCGUAUUGUAUCCUCGACGUGGCCGCUGGAGAGAGAGAGAGAGAGAGAGAGAGAGAGAGAGAGAGAGAGAGAGUGAUAAGUAUUAUUACUAGUCAGACAACUUUAGUGUCCUAACGUGUGUGUGUGUGUGUGUGUGUGUGUGUGUGUGUGUGUGUGUGUGUGUGCAUGGUGUGUUCAUGUGUUGAUAUUGACAUAUUCAUUGCGGACAGUAUUUGAAUCUAGUCAGGUGUGUGAGGUGAGGUGCGCCUCGUCCCGCCUUGUGUGCCAUCAUGUGCAGUAUCAUUUGUGUCUCCCUCUGUGUGGUGUUGAGCCCCGAAGUCUCCUUGUGUUGCUUCUCCUGUAUUGUUUCUCAAGCGUCACGGGUUGGCGCCAUGCAUGAGUCCUCACCUUCAGAUAUUCCUGCCCUGUUUUCUUGUCGUUUUCCUAUUCUUGGCACCCUAAAGUACUUAAUUACGAUAGUCAUACGUAUAUGUAAGUGUUUAUUUAUUCACUUAUUUAUCUACAUAUUAUUAUUAUUAUUAUUAUUAUUAUUAUCAUUAUUAUUAUUAUUAUUAUUAUUGUUAUUAUUGUUAUUAUUACUGCCAUUGUUCUUGUUAUUACAGUAGAGUUACGUUACCAAGUUUAUUUCCUUCAACCAAGCAUCACUUGGUUCCUAGUCACUCGGCGUCCGUCGCUGCCACAACAUGCACUGAAAUAAUUUCAAGGUCUCCAAAACUUGCCUUGACUUGUCUGAGUAGUCUUAAUACAUCGAUAUCUGAAGCAAGUAGUGACACCUUCACCAAGAAAGUCCACAGCAUCAAUUGUAAGUUAUUAUCACCAUCUUUCACCACACAAGCAUACAUAUCUCAGGAGUUUGUUAGAAAAGUAACGACGAGACACACUAAUGCUCUCAAACGAAAAGGGGAAGGCACGUGUAUAUAACAGAUCCCAUAGUGCGGCUGGACUUAAUAUAGCUUUUUGUCCUUGUUUGGUAGAGACCCGUUCCGUGUGUGUGCGUGUGUGUGUUGGCGUGUGUGUUGACGUCAACUAAGAACCUCAUUAAACCUCAAAAUAUUCGCUUUACACGCCUGUAUUUGUGGGAAUGUGGUCAAUUUAUGUGCAAUAUGUUUAGUUCCUCAGGUCUCAGUAAUGACACCCAUUCGUGUUUACAUCGCAGGCUGUGUUACGUUGACUUAUAGUCGUCACUUGCUUGUCUUUCUUCCUCUUCUUCCCAACAUGGUUUGCCCGUUCACGGGAGCUCUCUAAGAAUUUUUCAGUCACUUUAAGGAUAUUAUCACCUUAUAAGAUUUGGCACAGAAAACGUCUACUUUUUCAAGGUCAUACAUAUUUAUGGUUACGACUAGGUGUGUGUUUGUCUAUGUGUCCUUGCCUCAAUGUUUUUUACCAAGUUGCAUUUUAACAGCUCUUUCUGUCCUGUCUCUGGGAAAAAUAAAUAAGUGUUAUAAAAUCUUUUUUCACAUGAUUAUGAUUUUUUUUUUCAAACACACGCUACCUUCCUUCAGAUAAAAUAUUCAGCUAAUCCUGUUUCUUAAAGCGACGUUUUCUGAUAUCUACGUAUCUGAGCACCAUUGUACCAUUCUUGUAUACUUUACUCGUAUUACUGUGUCUUAAAGGUGACUGUCUGGAUAUUAUAAUUAUGCUUAUCAGUGUGUGUGUGUGUGUGUGUGUGUGUGUGUGUGUGUGUGUGUGUGUGUGUGUGUGUGUGUGUGUCAUUAGACGGCUGAGUGUUUGCCUUGUCUAGCAUGUAAGUAAUCUGGCACAUUGUGUUGACAUACAGUUGCUCGUCACAGUUCUAGUCACCUGCAGUGUACAGUCGUGGCCACAAGUCAGACAAUCUCUUGGACUCACUUAAGUCCAUUGUGUUUCCUGUUUUCCCUCAAGCUUAAGGGCUAACAUUCAGAUAUAUUUUUUAUUUUCAUACUGUUUCUAAAGGCCCUAGAGAUGACCAGGCAGACUCAUGUUUUUUUUCUUUAUUUUCUUUAAUGGUGUUUUCAGAAUUCAUGUUAAACAGUCAUUAAAAUAAAAGAAAUCUUUGCAAACCACAGUAACUUCCGACACGGCCUGUAGAAGUGUUUGAAAAUUUAGGCAUACGCUGAGUCUGAGUCUGCUGAUUCUCCUUGCAAAAGCGGAAAUACUUAUUACAGGAAGUGAGUGUAGCAUGUUAUUAUGUCACUGGCCACUGUGACUUGUACCUAAUCUGUCCUAACUAGUCACGAUGACGAAUAUUAGGAAAAAAUUAGGCGUUAUGUUUAUUUGAUGAGAGGGGGCGAAAGGAAAGUUAAAAAAAAAAAAAUCCAUACAACUCAGGCCUUACAUGUACUUUGAAUGUUUUCUUUCUAUGCAGGCUUACAACAAUACUGUAUUGAUGUGGUUUUGUAAAAGGAUGACGGACAAUUUCUUUUUGUACCUUAUCUUUGAGUGAGGACAGUUAGGUAAUAUUAGUGUAGCAUGACUUGUUUAAUGCCUUGUACUUACUGUGUUAUGAAAACCAAAAAAGAAAGAAAGAAAAGAAAAAAAAGAGGACAUAGAUACUGUAUUAACGUGUCUACACCUUUAUAAUACUCAAUGACUGUGUUCAGGUGGAUCAGAUGACAAGAUUUCAAGUGUAAGGCAGCGUUGCUUGCCUUGCCCUGCGCUACAUAGGUUGUGUUGCUUUUAACAAUCAUUGUAUAUACCAUCUAGGGUAAUUUUUAUAUCAACUAUGCAGCUCCAUGACAAACAGCAUUCACGUGCAUUAUGUUUGUGAAGUGAAACGUCAAACUGUCAAUAAAGAAAUGAAGUAG